ACUUUAUUCAUUCACUAUUUACUAAGCAGAGAAGAAGCUCACGACAAAAUUUACAAAUAUUUAUUUAUUUUUUUUUUUUUUGCCUAUUGCUGUAUAGAGAAGAAUAAGAGAUUAUGAGUCGCAAGCAGUGCUCUACUAACUCCCGUUCGGGGGCAAAACGUCGUCCUCCAUCUAUUUAUAAAGCGGCUUCCUCCCAAGGGUCCGUUCCUAAGCAACGUAACCCUUUUUUGUUAUUUUUGACUCAGUAUCGUAAAAAUAACAAGGACGCCAAUUGCCACUUACCUGGCAAAGAAGUCCUCAUAAUGGCUGGUAAGAAAUGGAAUAGCAUGAACAUGGUGGAGAAGGCGCCCUUUCUCAACGCGGCUCGCAGGGCGAAUUACGUUUUUAAAUUGAAAAACAAUCCAGACGCCAACAUGGUGUUGGAUAAACUUCGCGGUAGUGUGGCAGGUGGAAAACUUGAUCUACAAAUCCUUUGGGUUUUAAUCGAAGCAAUUCAAAGUUGGAGGGAGAGUGUGUUAAGAGAUCUAAAUCGCGACAAGGGUAAAAACUUUAAUUAAACCAAAUGCUCCUGAUGAUCCUGUUCAAAUUGGAUAUUUUUCAAAAUUUGACGUGAUGAGGCAGUUCUUUUUUCUUGGACCCCGUAAACUUUUAUUUUUUUUUGGAACCUCUGGAAUCCUCGUGAAAUUUUUAAUGUUAUCUGGAUCAUUAAACUUAUUAAAAAUGA